GAUUUACGUGCCGAGGCACGGGGGUAUCCCACCAACUUCCUGACUCCGAGUUGCGACUGAGUAAUUUUUAAGAUAGAAACUCAGUCACAAUUGUUAUAUAUGUAGUUAUAAGUAUAGCGUGCUGCGUACACGCCUUUGGCGAUGGGCUAAUAAAUUAGUGCGUUACGAGCCAGCGUUUGUUUCACUCGUGUCCCGUAUAGCAUACUUAACAGUGGCGACGAGUACCCACACAAAAAAGGAAGAAAAAAUCAUGGCUACUUUUGGCAUUUUGUCUUGUUUUGAUCAUUCCAUACAAGAAUGGAAAGCGUAUAAAAGUAGACUAUCACAGUGGUUUAUCGCGAAUGAUAUCGACGAGAAAUCUGAUGCGACGGGAAAAAGACGAGCAAUUUUGCUGAGCGCACUCAAGGAAGCCACCUACAAAUUGGCUUCAGACCUCGCCUUACCUAAGGAUUUACAAGACGUUCCUUAUGAAGACAUAAUCAAGAUACUUGAUGAUCACUUUACACCCAAAAAGUGCGGGUUUAGUGAGCGACAAAAGUUUUACUCGUCAGUACAACAACAGGGUGAAACACAUCAGCAGUGGGCAGCGCGAUUGCGGGGACUUACUGCUGACUGCGGAUUCACCAACGUGGAGGAAAUACUGCGCGAUCGAUUUGUCUUGGGGAUGCUGGCUGGACCCGAAAAAGAGAAAUUGUUUAGCCACGACAUGAAAUCCUUAACAUUGGCGAAGGCAGUACAAGUAGCUGGGAGCAUACGGUCUGCACAGGCUGGUGCCGCGGCCACAGCCGUUCCCGAGCGCACGACGCCACAGGUGUUCCAGAUCAAGCGCCGCGAGGGCGACGGCAACGGAACAUCUCUUACGGGAAAAGAAAAGUGUUCAGUGUGCGGUCGUUCUAAUCAUAAUUCUACCCAGUGCCGGUUUAUUAACUAUAAAUGCAAGAAGUGUUUUAAAAAAGGUCAUUUACGUAAUGUGUGCAAAGAAAUUAAAUAUAUGGGGGUAGGAGAUGUGAAUGAGGACGAUGACGAUGACGGUAAGUUACUGAACAUUCGCUCGCUGCGCGGAGAACCUAUGACGGAGGUUGUAAUCAUAGGCGGCAUUAAGUUAAGAUUUGAAAUUGACACAGGAUCGGCCGUGACAGUUAUUAAUGAAAAAACCUCAGAGAAAAAACAUAUCGUCAAUAUUUCAGUAACAUACCAUUGUCAAAUACCGUAAAGAAAUUAUUAUCGUAUACAGGUAAUGUCAUGAAAUGUUCGGGGGUAAUAAAUGUUCCCAUAGAAUACGAUGGAAAGCAACUUCCCAUUGACAUUUACAUAAUACGAGACGGGGGUCCGCCUUUGCUGGGCCGUGAUUUUCUGUGCUUUUCAAUUACAACUCAAUUCUUGUAAUUUUAUUAAUAAUUCCAAACCCGACGUUAUUAAUUUACAAAAACGAUUUCCUCGGGUAUUUUCAGACAAACUAGGUAAGUUUAACAAAUACGAAAUAAAACUGAGAUUAAAAAACGACGCUAAACCUAUUUAUUUUAAGGCACGCCCGAUAGCCUUCGCAUUACGUAACAAAGUAGA